AUGCCAAGCUCUCUUGAAGGCUCUCCUAGCAUCGAAACAUUCAAGCAAGAAAUGGCCCUAAUAGAAAGCCCCCUCCCUCAAGGCGCUGGUUAUGCCGUGGUCGUCGGACUCGGCUUCGUUUUCGCAUUUGGUAUGAUCUUGACUACCUACAUGCUCAAACGGUACCAGAAAGAAAUCAUCACAGCAGAAGAGUUCGCUACGGCAGGCAGAACUGUCAAGACUGGUCUGAUCGCAGCCGCGGUCGUCUCUAGUUGGACAUGGGCCGCGACCUUGCUGCAGUCCACUGCCAUGGUAUACAAGGUGGGCAUCUCUGGCGGAUACUACUACGGUGCGGGCGCGUGCUUCCAAAUCAUCGCAUUCGCAGCACUUGCUAUCAAAGCCAAGCAACGCGCUCCUAACGCACACACUUUCCUGGAAAUCAUCUAUGCCCGUUACGGUAAGGUGGCACACAUCUGCUACCUCUUCUACGCGUUGGCCACCAACAUCCUAGUCACGGCCAUGCUUUUGACCGGCGGUUCUGCAGUCGUCAACGACCUGACCGGCAUGAACACUGUCGCAGCCUGUUUCCUGCUUCCAUUGGGUGUCAUAGUAUACACCUUGUUCGGUGGUAUCAAGGCCACCUUCCUGACAGAUUAUGUCCACACGAUUGUGAUCAUCGUGAUUAUCUUGACGUUUGCCUUUACAGUUUACGCGACCGGCGACAAAUUGGGGUCUCCAGGCAAGGUUUACGACCUUGUUCGUGCGGCCGCUCAAGCCCACCCUAUCGAGGGCAAUGCUGGGGGUGAGUACCUGACUAUGAGAUCCAAGUCUGGUGGUAUCUUUUUCGUCAUCAAUUUGGUUGGAAACUUCGGUACUGUUUUUUUGGACAAUGGUUACUGGAACAAAGCUAUUUCUGCCUCACCAGCGGCCAGUCUUCCAGGUUAUGUCUUGGGUGGUGUUUCGUGGUUUGCAAUCCCUACCCUAAUAUCUACUGCAAUGGGUUUGGCGUGUGUGGCUCUUGAGUCUAACCCUAGCUUUCCAACAUACCCUCAAAGGCUUACGUCAGAUCAAGUGUCUGCUGGUUUAGUCCUUCCCUCCGCUGCAGUUACAAUUCUUGGCAAAGGUGGCGCGGUGGCAGCUCUUUUAAUGGUAUUCAUGGCUGUUACUAGUGCUAUGAGUGCUGAACUUAUCGCAGUUUCCUCUAUUUUCACUUACGAUAUCUACAGAACCUACAUCAACCCAAAUGCCACAGGGAAAAAGCUGAUUUUCUCCUCUCAUGCUGCAUGCAUUAUCUUUGGCUUUUCCAUGGCAGGCUUCGCGGUCGGUCUUUACUACGCUGGCGUAUCUAUGGGCUACCUUUAUGAGUUGAUGGGUAUCAUCAUCUCAGCAGCUGUUCUUCCUGCGUGCCUAACUCUAUUUUGGAAACAGCAGAACCUGGCUGCGGUGGUCAUUUCUCCAAUAUUGGGUACCGGGCUUGCUAUCAUGGCAUGGCUAGUUUGUGCUAAGAGCCAGUUUAACGAGAUCACUAUAGACUCGACAUUCGCAGAUGAUCCAAUGUUGACAGGUAAUGUCGUUGCUUUAUUGUCGCCAAUGGUCUUCAUCCCAAUUUUGACCUAUGCUUUCAAGCCUCAGAAAUUCAACUGGGAUCUCCUUCAAGUCAUUACAAGGGCUGACGAAACAGAGGAGAUUGAAGCCGCUGAAGGGCAAACUGAAGGUGAGAAUGGACAGGUGUCGGUUCGCGGAGACACUUCGGAUUCUGGAAACUCUAUUGAAGCCAAUGACAGAGAAAAGCUUGCCGCCGUCAAGUCAGUAACGUCAGCAGCUCAAGAAGUUCCAGAGACGCAGAUUGAUGCCAUGAAACGCGAAGAGGCUGAAAGACUUGAAGUGGCCGGUAAAUGGGGAACAUACCUAUGCAUUUUCUUCGCUCUUGCUUUGCUGGUGGUAUGGCCUAUGCCAAUGUACGGGUCGAAGUAUAUCUUCAGCAAGAAGUUCUUUAGAGGCUGGGUUGUGGUUUUAAUUAUAUGGUUGUUCUUGAGUGGCUUUUGCGUAUGCAUAUACCCUCUCUGGGAAGGAAGAGAGGGAAUUUAUACCACAUGCAGGGGCAUAUAUUGGGAUCUCACAGGACAAACCUACAAGCUCAGAGAGUGGCAAAAUUCUCACCCUGAGAAAUUGCACGUAGUGCAAUCUCAAAUCAGCGCUCGCGCCCAUGCCUCUAGAAGGUCGUUAGACGGCAACAUUGACGAUAUAGUCAAUUAG